CUUUCUACCCUAUAUAACUUCUAACUGAGGUCUCCACCUUCCGAUAGGAAAACAUCUUCAUCCCUUCCUUCCUCCGUUACAACCACCUCUUCUUGAAGCAAAAAUGCAAUCAUUGCUGGAGACACCAGGGCUUGUGUCACUGCUCCGGCGCUCCACAGAACGCAGAGCCAAGAUGGCCGGCGGGGGGAUCUUUCGGAUGUUCAAGUUGAGAACAGCGUUCACCUCUGGUUGCAAGAUGGCGGCGCUCGCAGGCCGGCCUAACAAAUCAUUGCUCUCCGGCAAUUCGGCCACCAUCACGCUGUUCGGGUACCGGAGAGGGAGGGUGAGCUUGGCCAUUCAGGAAAACCCCACGUCUGCUCCCAUCUUCCUUCUCGAGCUGCCCAUGCUCACCAGCUAUCUCCACAAGGAGAUGGCCUCCGGGCUCGUCAAGAUCGCGCUCGAGAGCGAGACGAAGACGCACAAGAAGAGGCUGGUCGAGGAGUGCAUGUGGGCGGUGUACUGCAACGGGCGGAAGUCGGGCUACUCGAUGAAGAAGAAGCAGGCCUCCGACGAGGAGCGGCAUGUCAUGCAGCUGCUAAGGGGGGUCUCCAUGGGCGCCGGCGUCUUGCCUUAUGCCUCGGAGAAGGACGUAGCCGACGGGGAGUUGACGUACAUGAGAGCGCGGUUCGAGAGGGUGGUGGGAUCCAAGGACUCCGAGGCGUUGUAUAUGAUCAACCCCGAUGGCACCGGCGUCCCGGAGUUGAGCAUCUUCCUUGUGAGGAUGAAGUGAAUUCCAAUCAACAACUCUCUGCUUCGUGUCAUGUUGUGUAGAUAGAUCGAUCUACUAGUAUCAUGUAGAAAUCAACUUGGUUUCCAUUCUCCAUCA